AGAAGACGGCUCGGCCCGAACGAGUCGGAAGCAAAAAUACAAAUACCAAAAUAACUUUGAAUAAAUAAUAAGUUUAUACAUGGCUUGGAGUACUAUGUUAUGCAUUUGUCGGCGGACAUAUAACGUCGUGUCAGCUUCGCGAAUAAAAACAUUAGUGGUGGAAUACUCAACCAGUAGAACUUUGGUUGAAGUUGGAAAACUGGAAACACCAAAAAUUCAAGGCAAAUAUGAUGCUGGGCAGCUUUUCCUUCAUCGUGUUUUUGGCUACAGAGGUGUCAUUCUUUUUCCUUGGUCAGCUAGAGUUUAUGACCGUGAUAUUUUGGCUAACAAGAAAGCCACAAAAACUCCUGAUUCUGAUGUUAAUACCUCCAGUCAAAUUGGCAGAGAAGUUAAAGGCCGAAAUCACAUGUAUUAUCAGGUGCUUAUUGAUUCCAGAGACUGCCCUCAUAUUAGAGCACAAACAGAAGCAGUUACAUUUUUAGGUCAACAAGAAAACAGUAAAUCACUUUAUGCUAUUCCUGGCCUGGACUAUGUUGCUCAUGAAGAUCUUCCUUACCGGACCACCGAGCAUCAGCCUCUUUGCCAUGAGCUGUUUGAAAAAUUCCUAAUGCCUGAUCCGGAUAAAGAUCCGCCGUUCGAAGCAAGAGAGACGUUACGGGCAUGGCAAGAAAAAAAUCAUCCGUGGCUGGAAUUGUCAGACGUCCACAAGGAGACGACAGAGAACAUUCGUGUGACGGUCACGCCCUUCUACAUGGGAUGCCGCGAGUCGCAGAGUUCUACAGUCUUUUGGUGGCGGUACUGCAUUCGACUUGAAAACUUAGGAGAACUGUCGGUACAGUUACGUGAGCGGCAUUGGCGUAUUUUCAGUCUUUCAGGCACUUUAGAAACCGUUAGAGGAAGAGGAGUUAUUGGACAGGAACCAGUGCUGUCACCUCAACUACCCGCUUUUCAGUACAGCAGUCAUAUCUCCCUUCAAGCACCAUCAGGGCACAUGUGGGGAACUUUCCGUAUGGAGAGAGAGGAUGGACAUACAUUUGACUGUCGCAUUCCUCCCUUUUCUUUGGAAAGUAAGAACGAGGAUAAUAAUUUACCAACUGGCGGGGUUUAAUAACGGCGUUCAUUUGACUGAAUGACAAAUUCUAUAUGAAACACGGAAGUUACUUUUGGCCUUUUAGUUUCUUUUCUAGGAUUAUCAAAGAUCUUCGUCCUCCUAAAACGCGUCGAGUUUUUUUAUUAUUUGAAAAUUGAGUUUUGUUCACGAAGAGUUUUCAUUUAUUGCCGCGGCCAUUAUACGUUCUCUAUGCAUUCAUUCGUCUUCCUCAAAGUCGACGUCCGCUGGGCACUACAAUACAGAUAAAUGGAGCGCAUCAUUGAACGACGGAAUUUCGCGGAAAAAAUGUCAAAAUAAUGGACUUACGUAAAAAUCAAUGUAACAGUUGUGAUUAUCUUCUACUUUGAUCAUGAACUGAAAACAAAGUAGUCCCGUAUCGUCUAUGCGUAGCGAUACCUUUUGCGCUAUUCCAAGUGGUCUGAUAGAUGGUUUCAUCAAGGAAAGCUUAUAUCUAAAGUUCAAAUGUUCUUAAUACACUAUUCAAGAUUUUAAUAA